AUGCCAGCUCCAAUGUUUUUACGGGGUGCAGCCCCAUGGCGAAAUACUUUAGCGUAUUUAGAAUCCGGUUCGAUUAUCUUCCGUCCACUUGUUCGUAUUUUCACCUUGAAUUACACUCUCGACAAGCCCGACUCGGAUGGUCUACGUCGUUUUAUAUUUUGGCAUUUAGCUCAAAUUCAAUAUAAAAAUCCGACUGUUCAAUGUGUACAAUUCAAGAACACGACUCCAACACCGUUCGUGUCGUUUUACUUGUCACGUCCAUCGAUUGAUAAUGAAGAAAAGUCGGAAGAGGAAAACUAUGAAAUUGUUCAUAUGGAUUGUUAUAAGAAAACUUCGAAUGAAAUUCACGAUUCGAUUCGACGAGUUAUGGGUAAAAGUGAAUUACAACAACGGAUCGAUUCGGAAUUAACAGCACGAUUGGAAAAUCCGGCAAAUUUUGGAAAAGAUUGCGCACAUUAUUGUAUGUGUUUGGCUUAUGGACAAGUGUCAUGCCCGGGAAGAAAGAAAUUACCUGAACAUCUUCGUGGCAAAUUUACAAGAUAUAAAGUCGAUGAACUGGAAGAAAUACGAAAGAAAAUAAGUGAUACUGAUGCGAUGAAUGAGUAUUGGAAAAGACCGUUUUAG